AUGUCGCGGGCAAGCGCCUGCAGGACAGGUACAGCGGGUGAUGACUUCGUGGUUAUACUGCGACACCUAGCUGAUCCAGCAAGUCUGCCCCAGCAGCGCUACAUGGAGAACCGUGUGGCAAGAGCCGAAAGAAGAGGUCCAAAUGGCGCCGAGUCAAAGUAUUACCAAGGAGAGACGUUUGGACAGCUCUACAAUGCCAGCUUGCAGCGAAUAUUCAAGUUCAUGCAGGACAUUCUUCAAGAUGCGGUCGUGUUUGUGGCCAUUGGAGCCAUGAAGUCUUUCCUGGUCUUGUUCACUAUCCUGCACUUCUUUUUCAGCUGCCUGUUCUGCUUCCGCGGGGCGCACAAGAUUGGACUGUUAACUCGACGGCACUGGGCGCUGUCCAAUCUGGUCUACCAGCUGCGAACGCUCUGGAAAGAAAGGAAGGUGCAGAGGCAGAUCGCUGCCGAUUUCCUUCGAAGGCACCAGACAUCACAAUUGCUCAGCAUACGCGUGCAGAGACAUGUAGACUGGCUGCAGCUCCACCAGUUCCGACCCAGGGACCCGGAAAAAGCCCGACGAAAUGCCAUGACCUUGGUCACUGAGAUCAUGGAGGAGAUGUCGGCACCUCCCCUCAUUGAGCAUCCGUUUUUUCGUAGCUUUCGUCACAAGCACCCGAAGCUUCUCAACCAGCUCUGUUGCGAGGCACUCGUUCCAGUUUUUCACUGUUCUCCGGAAGUGGUCUUCACCGUGGGAGAAUCGUGUUCCAUGAUGUACGUUAUCAUCAGCGGCCAGUCGCAAUAUGCCGCGCAGCUGCCACCGCCCAGGGACUCGCCAGCAGGAACCCCGGGAACACAGGUCCGGAAGACCUUGCAAAGCGGCCAGUGGCUGAGUGAAGCCGCUCUUUGGACUGGCUGGGUCCAUCGGGGUGAGCUCAGAACACUCUGUGACUGUCUGUUCUUUGGCCUGGAAGCCGGCAGAUUUGCGAGGGUCAUCUCUUCGCAAAAAUCGGCCCAUGCUUUCGCAGCCAGUUAUGCGAGGAAGUUCGUCGAGGGUUUGAACCGGAGCAUCCAGUCCGACAUCACAGAGGCAGGACCUGUUGAUUGA